AUGUCUUAUUGUCAAGUAACUACGGUUGAUUCAGGCUCUAAAGCUCUAGAGUUUCUUAGUUUGAGAGAAAGCAAUGAGAGCAACGACCCAAAUGCACCCUAUUCAACACCAGUAACACAUCAGGAAGUUGAAAUAAAUCUUAUAAUCACAUAUUACUGUAUGCCUGGCAGACUGGAAUCAGCAGCAUUUAAAAGCAUUCCCGUAGUUAUAAUGUCUUCUGAAAACGUUCCUGCAUCUCCAGUAAAGCUAGCUGAUCCUACCAAGCUGAAACCUCAUAUGAUGAAAACCAAACUGAAGAAAGAAAGCGAGAAACCAGCAAGAGAAGAUACUGCAGCUUUGAAACAUGAAAUAAGAGAAGAAGAACCAUCCGUAAUUGAAAUCUUGCCUCUACAUCAAGAACUUGAAGAAGAAUCAAUUUUGAGUAAUAAUAAGAGGAAAGCAAUGGAAGAAGUGAUAUCUACUGAUCGAUCACAUCCUAAAUACAAUGAUAUCACAACCUUGGUCUGA